CCCGAUCCUGAGGAUGGCCUCGAUCAUGGCCCCCCCCUCGCCGAGCCCCCGAGGAUCCACCACAGAGAGAGGUUGUACGUGUGCAACGCGAAUAUGAGAGAUUUCCUGCACUACGCGGAGCUGGCAGAGCAGCAGAGGGUACGCGCUGGGGAGAAGGCCUUCAGCCACAGCUCCGACCUACUCCGCCACAUGCGGGAGCGGCCCUUUGAAUGCCGGGAGUGCGGGAAGGGCUUCAGCCAGAGCUCCCUGCUCAUCCGCCACCAGCGCAUCCACACGGGCGAGCGGCCCUAUGAGUGCAGCGAGUGCGGCAAGGCCUUCAUCCGGAGCUCCAGCCUCAUCCGCCACUACCAGGUGCACACACAGGUGAAGCAGUACGAGUGCCAGGAGUGCGGCAAGGGCUUCCGCCACCGCUCUGACCUUACGGAGCACCAGCGCAUCCACACGGGUGAGCGGCCCUUUGAGUGCAGUGAGUGCGGCAAAGCCUUCAUCCGAAGCUCCAAGCUGAUCCAGCACCAGCGGGUGCACACUGGGGAGAGGCCCUACGUGUGCAGCGAGUGUGGGAAAUGCUUCAGCCAGACAUCCAACUUCACCCAGCACCAGAGAAUCCACACCGGCGAGAAGCUGUAUGCCUGCAGUGAGUGCGGAAAGGCCUUCUUUCUGAGUUCCUACCUGAUCCGCCACCAGAAGAUCCACACCGGGGAGCGGGUGUACGAGUGUAAGGAGUGCGGGAAGGCCUUCCUCCAAAAGGCCCACCUCACCGAGCACCAGAAGAUCCACUCCGGGGACAGGCCCUUCGAGUGCAAGGACUGUGGGAAGGGCUUCAUCCAGAGCUCCAAGCUGCUUCUGCACCAGGUGGUCCACACUGGGGAGAAGCCCUAUGUGUGCAGCCACUGCAGCAAGGGCUUCAUCCAGCGGUCCAACUUCCUGCAGCACCAGAAGGUCCACGCCGAGGAGCAGCUCUAUGAGCGCGGCCAGUGUGGGAAUAAUUUCGGCACCACCGCACACUUGCAAAGCACCGAAGGUGUUCAGGAAGAGGGGCUUGCCCUGAGCACGUCCCCCGCGCACUUGGAUGAGGAGUCUGGAGGCCAGGGUGCCCCCCAGUCUCCUGGGAGCAGUCCCCACCUCUGA